AUGCAUAUGUUUCCACUUGGACGUGUUGUUUAUAUGCCUUUGUCAACUUCAACUGGUACUACUACUGCAGCCACAACAACUCUGUUAGGACCCGUACCCACAGAUUUUCCAUCAUCAACAAUUCCUCUAUAUAAUACUACACUCUUAAGCAACCCAUUCAACUUGUGCGCAACUACGAAGUUUGAACACAAUGCACUUCAACAAGCAUUGCCGACUCUAUCUCAUGGGUAUAAGAGAAUGCGCGAUGAUCUUCACGACACGCAACAAUCAGUUUGGCCUAAAAAACGAUCUAAACUAUCACCAGCACAUUCUUCUUCAUUUUCGGCGAAUCAAUCAUCAACAAAUAAUAAUAAUAAUAAUAAUAAUAACAACAGUAACAAUAAUGGCGAUGGUUCAUCACCAUCAUCAAAGAAUGCACUUAUGCUAUUACAUGAACUUAAACCUUCUGUUGAAUAUAAACUUGUUGCACAAACAGGUCCAUCUCAUCGACCAAUAUUUACAAUGGCUGUUGAAGUUAAUGGACAAGUAUUUGAAGGCAUGGCUCAAACAAAAAAAGAAGCAAAACAAGCCGCUGCUGAAAAAGCUCUUCGUUCAUUUUCUGAUUUACCAUUUCAACUACCUGAGGAUGUAGCUAGUGAAUCUGAAGCAACAACAACAACAGCAACAAUUAAUACUGAUAAUAAUGUAACAAAUGAUAAUUCUUCAUUAUUGAGUGAAAAUAAUGAUAGUAGUCAACGAGCUACACAAAGUCCUAAUGUUGUAGAACCGCGUGAAAUUCAAAGUGGUUUAAGUCCACUUUAUCUUCUUAAUCAACUAAAACGUGAUGCACAAUUUGAAGCCAUAACCGAUGAAACAUCAUCAUUAUCAACAACAAUAAAUGAACAACGCGAAUUUAAAUUUGCUGUUAUUGUUGAUGGACAACGUUUCAUUGGUAUCGGACGUAACAAAAAAAUAGCUAAAACAAGAGCUGCACAACUUGCAUUAGAAAAAUUAUUUGGUAUGUGUUUUGAUAAAGAAGGUGGUAUUCCAAUAGAAAGUGAUACUCUUCCAACUGAUCUAUCUUAUUCACGUCGUGAUCUUGCCGAUCGUAUUGCAUCAUGUAUACAAGAAAAAUUUAAUCAAUUAACUCAUAAUGAUGUACGUCUUCAACGACGUAAAGUUUUAGCUGGUGUCGUUCAAACACGUAAUUAUGAUCUUGAAACAAUGGAAGUUAUUUGUAUAACAACAGGAACAAAAUGUAUUAGUGGUGAUCGUCUUACACUUAAUGGUCAAUCAUUGAAUGAUUGUCAUGCUGAAAUAAUAGCACGUCGUUGUCUUAUUCGUUAUUGUUAUCAACAAUUAAAAUUAUUAAUCGAGGAAACCAAUCAUGAAUCAAUUUUUGAAAAAAUCCCAGAUAGUGAUCGAUUUCGACUUAAAUCAUCAAUUGCUUUUCAUCUAUAUAUUUCUACAUCACCUUGUGGUGAUGGUCGUCUUUUCGCACCACAAGAAUCUUCAUCUGAACAAUCUUCGUCGACAACAGUAAAUCAAGAUCCAAAUAAUAAACAAAUAGGACAUUCAUUAAGAAAAUCUCGUGGUUUAUUAAGAACAAAAAUUGAAGCAGGUGAAGGAACUAUACCUGUUAUGGCGAGAACUUUAUAUCAAAGUAUGCAAACAUGGGAUGGAAUAUUGGGCGGUGAAAGACUUUUGACAAUGUCUUGUUCAGAUAAAUUAUGUCGAUGGAAUUUUAUUGGUUUACAAGGUGCCUUAUUAAGUGUAUUGAUUGAGCCAAUUUAUUAUGCAAGCAUUAUUAUUGGAAGUCUUUAUCAUAGUGAACAUAUUCGAAGAGCAUUAUUUGCUCGUAUUGAACAUUCAGUUAAAAACAUUCCAGCUCCGUAUGGUUUACGUCGGCCGUUCAUAUCUGGUGUUAGUAGCCCAGAAAUGAGAACUACUUCUCGAGCACCGAAUCAUGCUUUUAUAUGGAAUUGUGUUGAUCAAAAAUGUGAAAUUGUUGAUACUUUAAAUGGUCUAACAACUUCUCGUGAAUCAUCUGUUAUAUCAAAAGCAGCGUUGUUUCAACAAUGGUUAACAUUAAUGAAACAAAUUAAAUCAGACACAAUAUCAACUAUCUAUUGUGAUGCUAAACAAUUAGAAGUCAAUUAUCAAACAGCUAAAAUGGAGAUCAAUAAAGCCUUUCAAAAAAGUGGAUUCGGUUUAUGGAUUAUAAAACCACAUGAACAAGAUGAGUUUGAUUUAUCUUCUUACGAUGCAGUGCUGCUUCGUCAAAACACUCAAUCUAUUCCGCCGUCCAUGGACUAA